AUGACCGACCCUCCUCAUACUAUACCUCUUCACCACCUCCCUUCGUCCAUCUCCUACAAUGCUGCCACCACCACGGCCCUGGAGUCUCACCUCAGCACGUCCGACGAGGAGUCUAGCCCACCUCCGCGUUACACCCGCGAGAAUGACCCCUUCCAAUUAGCCUCGAAACUGAAAAGUCCCGAAGAAAUCGCCCGGAUGCAACCCCAAGCCAACAUCUCUCGCAAGCGUCACACCUCUGGCUGCCUCCCCCACACCGCCAACCCCCGCAAUGCACUCGCAUCCUCCUUAGCCUCUAAACAACUGCAGACCUUCUACGAGUCCCAGAAUGAGAACAUUCAACGCAUGCUCAAGCCCGUCGAAGAACACGUUCGCGACGCCCGUGAAACAAACAGCAGCAAUCAGCUUAAAUACAAAAUCGCUGUCUGGGGCUCCUUCGCCGCCAAUGUCAUCCUCUGUGUUCUGCAACUCUACGGAGCCAUUUCCUCCAGCUCCCUCUCCCUGUACACAACCAUGGCCGACGCCGUCUUCGAUCCUCUCUCCAACAUAACUCUCCUCGUUUCCAACAAGGCCGUCAACCGCGUUGACCCCCGUAAAUUUCCCGCCGGAAAAGCUCGCAUCGAAACAGCCGGCAACAUCUGCUUUUGUUUCCUCAUGACAGCCGUCUCUUUCAUCCUCAUUGCUUUCUCUAUUCGCGAACUCGCCGAGGGAUCCAACUCUGAGACGGGAUCUUUCCACCUCCCUUCCGUUGUCGCCGUCAUCGUCGCCUUUUGCACUAAAUUCGUGCUCUUCCUGUACUGCUUCGCGCUAAAGGAUCAGUAUUCCCAGGUCAUGAUCCUCUGGGAAGACCACCGCAAUGACCUCCUGAUCAACGGAUUUGGUAUCCUUACCAGCGUAGGUGGUGGUAAACUACGCUGGUGGAUUGAUCCCGCGGGAGCUAUUGUCCUCUCCGUGCUUGUCAGUUGCUUGUGGCUGUUUAGCGCGUAUCGCGAGUUUCAGUUGCUUAUUGGUGUUACGGCCGAUACGAAGAUGCAGCAGUUGAUUACUUAUAUCUCAAUGACCCACUCCCCCCUCAUCACCGCCAUCGACACCGUCCGUGCAUACACCUCCGGCCCUCGAUUGCUUGUGGAAGUUGACAUCGUCAUGGACCCGAACGAUUCGCUGCGGGCUACACAUGAUGUCGCAGAAGAACUGCAAAUGAAACUGGAGUCGUUGCCGGAUGUGGAGCGGGCGUAUGUACACGUGGAUUAUGAGACGACGCAUAAGCCAGAACACUUCUUGAAGAAGGAGUUGUAA